AUGAGAUCACUUUUCCGCUGUGCGCCCACGCCGUCCUUUUCUGGCGCAUACCGAUGCAGAUCAUACAGAGACCGCGUCCGUCACUUUCAUUCUUCCCGGCCGAAUCAAAUCAUAAACGAAACGGUCGUUUUGGCACAUAAUGCGUUGGAAAGCGUUCACUCUGUGACUGGCCUUCCCUGGGCAGUGUCAAUUCCUCUCACAGCCGUCCUUGUCCGACUUACCAUCGCAAUGCCUUUCCAGAUCUGGUCGUUAUCACAUUCCAGCAAAAUGAAGAAGUUAAACCCAUUGGUGGUUGGAUGGGGUCGCUACUUCCAGGGUGCCGUCCUUACAAAAGCUGCUGUGAACAGGGCCUAUAUCAGCCCCAAUGCGGCUGAAAUUCAGUCCCAACUGCUACUUCGGAAAAAGACUAAGGAGCUCUACAAGAGGUGGAAGAUACGACCGUGGACUCGAUUUGCCCCUUUAUUUCAGCUCCCGGUGUGGUUAACAAUGAUGGAGAGUAUGCGUAGAAUGGUUGGAAUGACCGGUGGCCUACUGAGCAUCGUUCAGGGAUGGUUAGAGAAACAUCCGGAGGCGCCCAAUGUUCCCAUGGUUCCAUCUCUAUAUACUGAAGGCGCAUUGUGGUUCCCUGAUCUUCUUGCCGCUGAUCCUUAUUGUGCGCUUCCGGUAAUUCUAUCUGCGGCCGUGUUUACCAACGUGACAUGGGGAUGGAAGAUAAAAAAGCGUGAAGACAUUCCUAAGUUGCCCACUCGGAAAGAGAGAAUAGCAGCUCAUACAAUGAGAGUUUUGAAGCGAGCUUUCCAAGCUUCAGCUCUGUUCCUAUGUCCGGUUAUGAUCGCGUCAGAAGUCCCUGCCGGAAUGUUGAUAUACUGGAUCUCUAGUACCCUCUUUGCGACGGCACAGACGAAAGCUCUACCGAAAAUAAUCAGUACAAAGUCAAUACCGGCUCCAUGCAAGGAGAAAGCCGUUGCAGUCGUAAUCGGAGGGGAAGUAAAAACUCAACUUUCCGGAUUUGAAAACCUGGGUGAAAAACCGACGAAAAUCAAGACUUUUACAGGCCGCUGA